AUGUAUAGAAACUUUGAUAAAUGCGAGAGAUGUCGUAAAUGCCCAGCUACAAUUGAAUGCUAAGAAUGUGGUACAAGUUAAAGAUCAUUAAAAAUGUGCUAUGAUUGCGAUAAAUCCUAUCAUAAGAUGUUUGAGAAGGAAUAACAGCAUCACAGAGGACCAGUAAAAUUUGACACCGCUCCAGCUCCUAUAAAAUAAGGAUCACCUUUGAGAAGAAAAUUCAAUGAUGCCUAAUCUUUAAGUCCAUUGAGAUCAAACAAAACUGAAGUUGAAGAUCUUCUAGAACAAAGAGAGAUAGCCAAGCAAUCAUAUUAGACUAACCAGACUCUAUAGUCUUCGAAUAAUGUUUUCUCAUAAGAAAAUGUUCUAUCACCAACUUUAUCCAGAUUUAAUGAUGAUGACAGAGGUCAUAAUUAAGAUGAAAGAAAGUAAAGUAGACUGCAAUAAUCCUAUCUUUCUAAAGCUAGUCUUUUGAAGUCUCCAAACUAAGAAAAUAUGUAUUCUCAACUUGGAGGUAACGAAACACUCAAAAAUACUUUAAAGGUAAAUGUUCAUAAUUACAAUGACAACUAAAACAUGGCUCGAUCUGUUUUAUCACCUAGCCAUACUGUCAUAAAUGAAGUUAAUGACCUCGCGCAGUAUUACUAAAAAAUGGCAGAAGAAUACAGAUAGAAAUAUCUUGAUUUGGAGAGAGAGUUUAAUUCAUAUAAAGUCUAAAAAGAGCAUGAAAUAUAUAGAACUAGAGAAGAUACGGAUCAUAGAGUUUCUUAAAAGUUCAAACAAGAGAUUGAUGAAAUUAGUAGAAGAUCAAGUGAACAAAUUCAGUAAAGAGAUAUAUAAAUAAAUUUACUAAGACAGCAAUCGUCUGAACUUGAAAGUAGAAUUUAAUAAGAAUGUGAAUAAAUGGUCAUUUUACAAAGACUUUAAUCUAAUCUAGAGGUUGAUUACAAGGAGUCAUUCAAAGGAUUUGAAAGUUAACUCAAAGAAAAAGAUGAAAAGUAUGAAAGAUUAAUAAGAGAGCAUGAAUAUCAACUCUCAAAAUUUCAAAGGCAUCAUGAGUAAGAAAAAGAAAAUUUGAAGAGAGAUUAUGAAGCCUUAAUUAAGCAUAUUAAGGAUGAAUAUUAAACCUGCAAUAAUGAGAUGAAAACUCUUCUUGAGGCUAAAAAUACUGAGAUAUCUCAACUCCAAAUUAGACUAUCAGAAUCAUAGGAUGUUUAUCGCAAAGAGAGAAAUGAGUUUGAGGAUACUAUAAAUAAGGAUAAGUAUACAACUGAACUGUUUAGCAUGGAAAAUGAAAAAUUGAGAUUAGCCAAAUAAGACUUUGAGAAAGAGAGGGAGCAUUUAAUGACUAAAAUAUAGUACUUAGAAAUUGAACUUCAAAGAGAUAAUCUAGAAAAGAAGGAAACAAAGAAGAAGGCUAAGAAAUUAGAGCGUAUUGUAUAUGGCAAAAAAUGA